AUGCUGUGUGCUAAAGUCAGUUUACAAGAUACGGGAUCGAAGCCUUUUGUCUGCAAAGAUUGCCGACGUCCUUUUGCACGCCAGGAUGCUCUUACUCGACAUGAAAAGCUGCACGUCCGUGCUGCAAAUGCCAAGCGGGCUCAAGUACAACAAUCCGCUGUGCAUGUGCUACCGCAGGCGUCGCCUUUGGAUGCUCUAGCUUGGGACACCCAUCGAACCACCUCACCCGGGGUGGUGUCCUCGUCGACACCCAACAAUGCUUGGGAGACAUCGCAAGCGGAAUCACAGCCCGGCCUACAGCAUGCUGCCUCCGACCUCGACUUCACAUUAAUAUGGCCCGAUUCCGAGAAUCUGUUUCAAAGCAUCAUGGCUUGUGAAACGACUGAUCAGUGGCAGAUGCCACUUGGUGCCCUGCCCUUUCCACCUGUUGUGCAGGAUGUAAAUGGGAUGAACUUCGGUUCACCAAACUCCUUUGACGACAGAGGUUCAUCUAUAGGCGCUAUCCCGUCAGGUGGUAGCCAUCAGGCUGUACGAGAUGUUACUGAAAUGGUUACAAGCUCGUCCUCGAGCGUGACUGCAGCCAUCAAAGCGACUUCAAUAACAUCGGUCUUCCUGGACGAGUGCCUUCACAUGUUCUUUGUGCGAUUCAUACCCACUUUUCCCAUUCUGCACCGAGCAACAUUUGUCUUCCGUGAAUGCACACACCCCUUGCUACUCAACGCUAUGGCACUUGGGUCCCUGUACUUAGGUCCCAAGGAUUCCGUAGCAAAAGGAGAGGCGCUAUGGCGCCUAGCCCAUACGGCUAUUGCUACUUCUUGGCAGUCCUUGAUCACACAUAGUGGUCCAUAUGAUGCUUGCAAAGGGGUCCAGCUCUUACUUACAGCUCUUUUGGGACAAAUAUAUGGUGCUCUAUCUAAGAAUCGAGUGAUCCGUACCACAAGCCAGGUCUUUCGCCCGCUCGGUUUCUUCUGGGCAAGACAUUGCGGCAUGCUAGACUGCGAGCCCUUCUCAAUGGAGAGCGUGCCAUUCCCCAGCGCACCAAAUAGUGAGAAAGAAAAUAGGUGGCGGACAUGGGCAGCCAGGGAGAUUCAACAGCGUGCAUUGCUUGCCUACCACAUUCUAGACGGACUGGUUGCGCAGAUGUCUGGAGAUGGCGCAUCCACACGGCACGUUGCCAAUCCACUCAUUCUGCCCAGCAGCGAAGCUGCUUUCGAUGCCAGUAAUGUGGAUGAGUGGAUUGCUACCAUGCGAUCUCAAAGGUCGGAGCAGCCUUCAUUCCGACUAGUCUUCCGCUCCCUUUUCCCUCCCAUCGGCAGUUUCCGCCCACUAGAUUAUCAGUUCUCAGCCUUCGCCCUACGGGUCGUUUUAGAAGGGUUGCAGUCUCUGGUCUCAGAUUCCGACGAAAGCGAUCUGGCGGCUGUCGGUGUUCCUGGCCGCUCUGACGUUCGUAGGGCGCUAGCUCAGGUGCAUGAAACCAUCACCAUGAGCAUUCACCUUUCGGCUCCGGAACGACUCGAGGUCCUCCUUCGCUGGCACACGAUUUGCCUGGACACGAUGAUCAACUCCACCAUUCUUUGCAGACACGUAUGCUCUCGCUACGACAUCACACAGCAUGUCUCCGGUGGCUCUCGGACCAUGAGACCGGGAUUCGAUAUGGUCAAAUGGGUCAAUACUGAAGAUGCUCGUCGGGCAUUGCUGCACGCGAUUGCGAUCCAGGAUAUCGUCGAGCAGUUGCCAAGGGGGCGUGCUCAUGUUAUUCACAUGCCUAGCUCCCUGUUCUCUGCAACGACCAUUUACGUUGUUUUCUCGCUCGCCGGGGUGACCAAUAUCCACCUUCCUCGUACUAUUGUCUGGCAAGACGCUUUGCUCUCGAGGGCUGAUCUGAACCUUGGAUGUGACACCCUCCGCUCCUCGAGUGGGUCAGAGACUCGCCGUUUCGUCGAAGAGGGUCGAACCGAUUCUCCUCCCGGAAUGGGGGCGGUGCGCAAUUUGCUGUAUGAGAUGAACUCACUACAGAAAUUAUUCCGCUGCUUGUUUUCUCAGUGGGGCGUCGCUCACGAUAUGGAGGAAAUCAUCGAUCAAUGGAUUACUCUUUGCCAUUGA